GCGCUCGCUGCUGGCCGGUCGCACACCACCACCGCUCUGCGUCAAGCCAGCCAGCGAGCCCGACACGGCGGUUAGGCCUAGUGCACGCACGAACAAUAAGCAACACCUUCGGAGUGUCUCCGUCCCGGUGCCGCACUGCGCGGCCGCCGAGCAUCGCACGAAUCGCCGCAGACGGGGCAGCUGACGGGCCUUGGAGUGACGGCGACCUCCUUUCGUGCCGGACACAGCGCAGCGAACAAUGGUUCUUUGGGAAAACGUCCGCUUCCCUGUGGCAGGGGGCCGUGGGGACCUCUUGGGUGGCAAUGGCGGUGGAGCCCUGCAGCCACCGCAGCAGAUAGGCUCGGCUGCCGGCAUGCCGGACAAGACGCUGGGCAUGACCUCGGCCAUCAGCACCGCUCCGCCUAAGCCCAGCGACCUGCAGCGCACUGAGGAACUGGAAGAGACACUGCGCCAGUUCGGCUUGUUUGAGUCUGAGGAGGAGCUGGCACACAGGAUGGAUGUGCUGUCAAAAAUCAACCAGCUUGUGAAGAAGUGGAUCUAUGAAGUCAGUGUUAAAAAGAAUAUGCCGUCUAGUGUCGCUGAGAACGUUGGUGGCAAGAUCUACACAUUUGGGUCGUACCGUCUCGGAGUCCACACUAAGGGGGCUGAUAUUGAUACCCUGUGCGUGGCACCACGACACAUAGAGCGCAGUGACUUCUUCACUUCGUUUGUAGAGCUACUCCGUCAACAGGAGGAGGUCAAGGACCUCCGGGCUGUUGAAGAGGCUUUUGUACCUGUCAUCAAAAUGACAUUCGAUGGAAUUGAGCUGGACAUGCUGUUUGCUCGAUUAGCCCUGAAGGACAUUCCGGAGGACCAGGACCUGCGUGACGUCAACAUCCUCAAGAAUCUGGACCAGAAGUGUGUGCGCAGUCUGAACGGCUGUCGCGUGACGGACGAGAUCCUGCACUUGGUGCCCAACCGGGAGACGUUCCGGCUGGCGCUGCGUGCCAUCAAGCUGUGGGCUAAGCGCCACGGGGUGUACUCCAACGUGCUGGGAUACCUGGGCGGCGUGUCGUGGGCCAUGCUGGUGGCGCGCACCUGCCAGCUGUACCCGAACGCGGCCGCUGCCACCCUGGUGCACAAGUUCUUCCUCGUCUUCUCCCAGUGGCCCUGGCCCAAGCCCGUGCUGCUCAAGCAGCCCGAGGAGAGCCGGCUGGGCUUCCCCCUGUGGGACCCCCGGGUGAAUGUGGCGGACCGCUUCCACCUGAUGCCCAUCAUCACUCCUGCCUACCCUCAGCAGAACUCCACCUUCAACGUGUCUAUCUCCACCCUGACCGUCAUGCGCCAGGAGUUCAAGUCAGGGCUGGCCAUCACUGACGAGAUCAUGCUCCGGCGCACCGACUGGAUGAAGCUGUUCGAGCCGCCCAACUUUUUCGGCAAGUACAAGCACUUCAUAGUGCUCAUGGCCAGCACCCAGUCCAAGGAGCACCACCUGGAGUGGUAUGGCCUGGUCGAGUCCAAGAUCCGCAUCCUCAUCUCCAAUUUGGAACGCCACCCGUACAUCGCCAUUGCUCACGUUAACACGGAGUCAUUCCCAUCCACCGAGCCGAACGGGGACAAGCGCCAGUCCAUGUGGUUCAUUGGUCUUCAGUUCAACAAGACCGAGCACGUCAACAUCGAUCUCACCUACGACACACGGUCAUUCGUCGACACUGUGAAGCGGCAAGCGACAGCAAUCAACAUUUUCAAGCAGGACAUGGAAGUGGACAUCAAAUAUGUCAGACGGAGAGAGCUUGUGAAAUACCUACCACAGACGGUGCUCAAUCGGUGCAAGAAAAAAGGAAACAAGACAACGAGCACAACCCCAAACUCCACACCUCAGCACAGCCCUGGCAUGACAUCGCAGGCGGGAAAGAAGGCGCUGUCCUCCAGCCGCUCCGACUCUGCUCUCCUCAGCCUAGUGGGAGACGGCAUGGGUAGCACUGUUGGCAACGACAUCGCACUGACCAGCGACGACUCCUGCUCUAGCCUCACUGUGACUGCAAGCGGCAACCAGGCGUCCGCCGUGCACAAGCGCAAGCUCAAUCCAGAGUCUGGUGAGGACGUGGCUGUUACGAGUGGUGGUGGUGGUGGGGAGUGACAAACGCUGGCGGCCACUUGUACAACAACCAGUGUGCCGGCGGCGGGGGCUCUGGAGGAGAAGAGGGCAACGAUGACGACGGGGCCAACAAGCGGUGCCGCUCGGACGAGAUCAACAGCGCCGCCUUCAUGGAUGCCAUCGGAUUGGGCAAGAACUCCAACCCUGAUAUGCCAUUUCUCGAUUGCAGUGCUGCCGACAGUCAGCUGCAGGUGUUGGGCUGACACUUUCCUCGCUACUUCCGCUUCAUGAGCACGUGCAGAAAAAAAGAGAAAAAAAAUGAACAAAAAAAAGCAUCACCUUCUCCUCUGCCGCCACCACUGCCGCUGUGCCCGCCCACCUCGCUUGCUCUCGAGGUCCCUUUGCGGCCACCUCCAAACACAAGGCCUGCACUGCUGCACCCUGCUUGCCUGUUGUCAUCUGAGGGGGACGCUCGUUUCCAUGCAUGCUGGGUGCUGGCCUUGCUUCUCUCUGUGCACACACCCCUGUGCCAGACGCCAGCCGACGACAUGAUGUGCCUUUCCUGCUAGGUGGCAGCAUUAGCAGUAGUGUAGCUGUACACCGCAUGGCUGCAAUGGAUUGACACCCUGCCAUUCCUUCCCACCCUCCUCUUUUUCGCGUAACAUUCUGCUUAUUUAGUUAGUGGCAGUUCGGCAAUUUGGAAAACGUACAGUACCCCUAGCACGUAAAUUCUCCCUCUAUCCGGUGUUUAACCCGUUCGUGGCGAGAUUUGUUUUUUUCUUUUCGGAUGUUUUUGUAUCCCCUGCGAUCUUUUCUUUUUCUUACCCUUAAUCUUGAAAGGCUGUUACCCCCCCCCCCCCCCCUAAAUGUAACCUCUGUUUAGGAAGACCCACUUGAAACAGUCAUGACAGUGUUUCUCUUCCUUUUGCAGCAUAAUCUAGUCAAUUCUAGUCAACUUCUUCCCACCUUUGUAAAUUUUAUGACGCCCCCCCCCCCCCCCCCCCAAAGAAAAAAAAAAUUGAGUAGUUUCAAGCAGGAUAGGUCAGGGCUAUGUCAUCAUUCAGCAGUGUGCCACACUUUUCUGUGGUGGGAAAGUUACGUUCAUCAUUGAGGCAUUAAAGAAAUUUUUUUUUUUGGCAGUUUAGUUUUCAGUUCCUUCCUUUGCUUAUUAUUUUUAAGUUGCCACUCACUUUGUGGCUCAGCUGCCCUCUCACACCUUCAGCUCAUUAUCCUUGAUCCUUAAUUAUGUGCCUGUUGUGACUCGUCUGCUGACCUAUGUUCUCGCUAAAUCAUGGACUGCAUGUAGCUUUUUCUCCCAUUGGGGGUGUGCCUGUGUGCACUGUCAUCUGAGCACACAUCCCGUGGGCGGCAUCAAAAUUACAGCGCGUGCAAUUUCUUGUUAUGAUCUCUGUGUGCCAAAGCAGGUUGUAAUGGCUUUCAAUAAAGGUAUACUUUUCUUCUAAAAGCCAA